UGGAAGGAAACGAUCGUAUGGAAUGAUGCUGAGGCUGUGCACGCCAACGCCUCUAUGUGGCGGGGUCCUGUCGAGUCGAACGCCGCAACACACGUUUUGAUCCGCGGUCGCGUUCCACAACUGAGCGUGAGGCUCGCGGCAGUCAGCAGCAGGUUAUUGUCGCUACGCCGAGGAGCUGUGAUGAUGUACGCACUCGUGGCUCUGGCACUACUUCUGCCAGGUGGCCAAGGGAAAGCCAUCAACUCGCUUGCGGGCCCAUACACAGCUUACGCGGAUCGGUUUUACAACUGUGAACGCAAGACCGCAUGGGCAUGGUAUAUACGAGCCACUCACUUCAAUCCUCUGAAACCAAAUGAACUGCAACUCCUCACUGGAAACAUGACCAGUGAAAGACCGGUUGAUGACAAAUGUUGGUUGAAAGUAUACCUGGAUACUCGGUCUAAUAACCAAUGGAAAGAAAACGCGUUUAUCUUCGAAUUUAGAGAUAAGGCGUGCAACACGCUGCAAGUUCACACUCCCGGAUUUUAUAACGUUUUUUUUGGAAAAGAAAAGAAACCUAAAGGUGCUCCCUGCUCAAUUGGUCCUGGAGUUUUCUCAGUGGUAGAGACUCCAAUCGACUGGACGUUUCCGAAAUUUCUGAUCAUGCCUUAUGGAAAUUACAAAUUUCGAAUGACGGUUGGUGUUGGCAAAGAAAUGGUGGCAUGCUUGAUAGUGGAGUGUCAUGUGAUUCCCAAAGUGCAAACAUGAAAAGAGUAGAACAUAUUAUAAAAGUUUGACGUGUCAGCAGUCAG